UGUUGUUGUUGCGUGCAGGUGCUAGACAUCAUUAUUCGCUGUGCUUCUGUAAAACUGUCCUGUAGAGGACUGGAAGUGGUGGGUUGUUUAGAUCGAGGAAGGAAGCUUCUUGCAGGAAAAAGCUAGCAAAGGUCUAUAAUUAUCUCCCAGGGCUCUUUCCUUCUUUUUUGUUCCUCGGAGCCCACAUAGACGGUCGGUUUCUGGGAAGGGAUUCAGCGGGAUUUUACCGAAAUGGAAAACUGUUGUUGAAAACGUAACUAUUUAGAAGUCUGGUAGAGUAUAUGAACUCAUGCAUUCCUAGUCUCAUCUAUUCAGCUGUUUGAAUUGGUUUAGCUGGAUCAAUAUUUAUGCGUUUGGGACCGCCUGGAGCUAUCUGCACUCUUCCUGUUGAAGGUUUAGGUUUGGAGGACAGUGAUGGAGGACAUCGAUCUCGAACAGCAGGAGCCGUUCCCCGUGGACCGAGACGGGAGGCGGCUAAGGAUCACAGAGGACCAGCCCGACGGCCAAAGAAAGCUCGGAUGUUGUGAGAAGUUCCAGCUGUCUGUCUCCAAAUGGAUGCUUCCAGAAGACUCCCGCAGCAAAUACUUGGAACGAGCAAACUGCUGCCCACCCCCCAUCUUCAUCAUCCUCAUCAGUAUUGCAGAGCUGGCAGUGUUUAUCUACUACGCUGUGUGGAAGCCUCAGAAGCAGUGGGUGACCCUAGAUGAAGGCAUCUGGAAAAGCCCGCUGACAUACAAGCCUGAGCAAAGGCAGGAAGCAUGGCGCUUUAUCUCCUACAUGUUUGUCCACGCUGGUGUGCAGCACAUCGUGGGGAAUCUGGUGAUGCAGCUGCUGCUGGGAAUCCCGCUGGAGCUGGUGCACAAAGGAUUUGAAGUGGGGAUGGUUUACAUGGCGGGGGUCUUGGCAGGCUCUUUGGCCAGCUCCAUCUUUGAUCCUCUCAGCGCUCUGGUGGGAGCUUCUGGGGGCGUUUAUGCUCUGAUAGGAGGAUACUUUAUGAACGCAGUGGUGAAUUUCCGAGAGAUGAUUCCUCUCCUUGGAGUGUUUCGAAUCCUCGCCAUUGUGAUAUUUGUUGGAACAGAUUUUGGAUUUGCCUUCUACAGAAGAUUUGUCAGCAAUGAGGAUGGUUUGAAUGUGUCCUUUGUGGCUCAUUUUGGGGGAAUUGCAGCCGGGAUGACCAUCGGCUACGUCUUCUUCAGCGCUUACAACAUGAAGCUCCUCAAAGACCCUCGUUUCUGGCUGUGUAUAGUGGGUUAUGUCAUAUUUGUGGUCUUUGCUGUGGUUUUUAAUAUCUUUCUGACCCCAGCAACAUAAGCCCAAGAUCUUACCCACCAAUCUUUUGUUUUAAAGUUACCACUAUCUGAAGGAAUCUGAUGAACUGAUUUUUUUCAGAGAAAAAGUAGCUUUUCAGGGAAUUUGUAAAAUGUAGGGUUUUUAUUUUAUUGAAUCAGAUGUCUUCCUCUCUGCUGAAGUGCAACGGUGCCUCCUGCUGUUUAUGAGCAGCAUUGCAGAAGGCAGUGUUUUUCAUUUAGACUGAUGAGCAAAAUGUGCCUUUAUAUAGUGAGUAAUUUAAAACUGAAUUAAAUAUUUGUACCUUUUUAAUAAUUUGUCAUUGUUGUUAUUAUUUUGAAUCUAAUCUCUUUGUACUUGAUAAUCAGGGAAUGAAUGAACACACUGCUCCUAUAAAAUGUAGUUCUUCCUUAAUAGGAAAUCAUCCUCAGACUAUUUAAAUGCUUAAUUUUAUUCUACCAUUUGAUCCUUUUCUGUUGAAUUAUCAGGGACUCGUAUAGACUUUUAGUAUCCAUGCAAUGUGCCUUAAACACGGGGAAAUCCUCAACCAAAUUUAACAUCAAAUGUGAUGAAGGCUUCACUGAAUGAGCACACUUAACAAGAACAAAGAGUUUACAAAAAAGUCUCAGGAAAAUAAUGAUGCAUUUCCGAAAACACUGUGUACUUGCCCUUCCCUUCUAAAAGCAAUAGAGCUGCCUUACCAACAGGCUGUGGCUUAAUGCCUCGCUAUUGUUUCAACCACUUCCUGUUGACAGGACACGACUAGUUACAUGUUGAGAUGUGAAACAUGGUUUAUUGAUCUUUAUCCUUCUGUCAAUUUUGUUGUCUUCCUUUGACAAACUGUGGCUUUAAACAUAUGCAUUUUUUGGAAAUACCAUUUUAUGUAGCUAGAAUUGAACUGUUUGAUAUUCUACAAUACUUAUUGAAUGUUAAUGGACGUUAAGUGACAUCACAUUUUCUGUUUCAAUAGUCUAUCAAAUGAAUAUUAAGAAUAACUUGUUUACGUCUGUUGUGAGAAGGGGAUUAGAUUUUAGAUUUUUUUUUUAAUGUUUACUCAAUUUAUCUAAAUUCAAAGGUAAUGUAUGACCAUAGAACAAACAGAAGCCUCCCAUUUCAAGAGCUACGUGUUAAAUGCAUGUUUUUAAAGGAUUGUUUUGUCAAAUGCAUCCAAACCUCUGCAUGAAUAAGACAAGAGUAUGGAUUUUGUAUGAUAAAUAUUUACAGAUUUGACAAUAAACACAUUUUUAUAGG